AUGUGAUCCGAGGAUUUCACCAGAGCGAGGAGGCACCUUGCUCGUGUUGAAUCCAGGCAGGCAGGCGUCCGUCUGUCUCAACUCAAAGUGGACAGCAGAGUGACAGGAGCGGCCAGAUGGAUGAGGCGGAGCAGCACCAGGCUGACAUUGACUCAUUCAAAAUUUGGCUCUUUAAUAAGAUCAUCUGAAGCAAGACCGCACUGUUUCUAUGGCGACAUCGUGCAGCUUGAAAAGCACCAUGGGUGUAAACAAAUGUUUCAGCUUACUUUUGCUCACUCUCGGCACACAAGUCUACUGCUACACUGGACCCCGGGCUCACGCUGAGGAGAAGCUACUCCAGGAUCUGUUUGUGCGUUACAAUAAGCUCUCCAGGCCUGUUGAAAACUCGUCAGACACAGUGCUGGUCCACUUUGGUCUCUCUAUUGCUCAGCUUAUCGAUGUGGAUGAGAAGAACCAGAUGAUGACCACAAACGUCUGGCUCAAGCAAGAAUGGAACGAUUACAAGCUGCGCUGGAACCCAGAGGAAUACGAAAACGUCACCUCCAUCCGCAUUCCUUCAGAGAUUAUCUGGAGGCCUGACAUCGUCCUUUAUAAUAAUGCUGAUGGUGACUUUGCGGUAACCCACCUAACUAAGGCACACCUAUUCCAUGAUGGACGGAUAAAGUGGAUGCCACCAGCCAUCUACAAAUCUUCAUGCAGCAUCGAUGUCACCUUUUUCCCCUUUGACCAACAAAGCUGCAAGAUGAAGUUUGGCUCAUGGACCUAUGACCGGGCCAAGAUUGACCUUAUCAGCAUAGCCAGCGAUGUGGACCAGAUGGACUACUGGGAGAGCGGCGAGUGGGUUAUCAUGAAUGCCGUGGGCAAGUACAACACCAAAAAGUACGAGUGCUGCACUGAGAUCUAUGCAGACAUCACAUACUACUUCAUCAUCCGAAGGCUCCCGCUGUUCUACACCAUUAAUCUUAUCAUCCCCUGUCUGCUUAUCUCCUGUUUGACUGUGCUGGUGUUUUAUUUACCGUCACAAUGUGGAGAGAAGAUCACCUUGUGUAUUUCCGUUUUAUUGUCUCUAACUGUAUUCCUGCUGUUGAUCACAGAGAUAAUACCAUCCACAUCCUUGGUGAUUCCACUCAUUGGCGAAUACCUGCUGUUUACCAUGGUCUUUGUUACCCUUUCAAUUAUAAUCACCGUAUUUGUUUUGAACGUACACCACCGAUCACCUCAAACCCACGGAAUGCCCCAUUGGGUGCGAAGGGUCUUUUUGGACAUGGUGCCCAGGGUCCUGUUCAUGAAGCGGCCCCCGGGCACAGCCAAACAACACUGCAAGAAACUGAUCGAGAUGAUGCACCGCCCAACCAUAAUAUCAGCAACGGGCAACUCCCAGACCUUUUGGACGGGUUUAGAGACAGGGCUGACGCAAAUAGGACAGGUCCAAAUUCCAUCCGACAGCCCAAACAUCCGCGUCUGCUCCCCUUCGCCAUCCUCCUCCCCUAUCAAGGAACUCAACCAGGAAGAUCCUCCAGUUAAGGCCAACAUUUUCUGCCAGUCACCUAUUAAACAGUAUUCAGUUCUCCAACGAGGGCAAAACACUUCCAUCUUGUCAUCUUCUCAACUUUCCUUACCCCCAACUUUGGCUCUCGGACCCCUUCACACCCUUUCCACGGAAGUCACAAAUAAACUGUCGUCAAAGGGCCGCUCACUCAGCGCAGAGCAAAUGUGCGACUUGCAGAGGGAGGUUCCCCUGAGAGCUGCACAACGUUGUCACUCGGGCGGCUUCCAGUACUGUUGCCUCCACAACGAAGGGCCGGAGAAAUGGACUGGGACCCCAGACCAAACCAAACAAGCCUCGACAAAUUGCCUCACAGAAACCCUCAACGCAGAGCCCGCUAAAGACCCAAGAAACCAACAAGAGGCCGUGAUUCAUCGCAUGUCUCCUGCUAUGCAACGAGCCCUUGAGGGUGUUCAAUACAUAGCUGAUCAUCUCAGGGCAGAGGAUGACGACUUCUCGGUGAAGGAGGACUGGAAGUACGUCGCCAUGGUCAUCGACAGAAUAUUCCUCUGGAUGUUUGUUCUGGUGUGUAUACUGGGAUCAGUGGGACUCUUUCUACCUCCUUGGCUGGCUGGAAUGAUCUGAAAUCUACUGGCCCAAGGAAAGAGAAGAACGUUAUUUAACUUGUUUUUGUAUUUUAUUUAUUUUCUUCUUUUUCUUUUUGCAAAGGAGCUUCAAGUGUUUUGUCCCAGAUUAACAUAAAGGAGGGAAGUCUAUCAACAGUUCCUAGGAGCACAGUAAAUAAUUUAUGGGGCUGUGAAAGCAUCCCUUUUCACUUCUCCGUUUUGACAUUGAGCUUUGCAUCUCUAAAUAACGCCUAUGUAACCAGAAUGUCACUCAGUAGGGAACAGACCUCCACCAAGGUUGAACAAUACUAAUUUCAAUCGCCUUCCUAGAUGCACACUUCCUUGUAUCUGCCAGAAUUUGUCAACACGAUAUGUGCAUUAUUCAGUGAGAAAUCAAAGUAAAUAGUGGCAUCUCUUGCAAUUACGGAUGGGUAUGAUAAUCAAUACGUAAGCGUGAAUUAAGAAUUUUGGGGGUAGGUAGUGUCAUUUUAUUCAUUCAGUACAACACCAGCAGGUAGUGUCAUUUUAUUCAUUCAGUACAACACCAGCAUGGAAACAGUUGUUCAGAACAUUCCGACGGGUGCUUGCCAUCCUUUUUAAAAGUAUUUGGAAUGUUCAUUCAUUCACAAGUUUUCCCCAUAGUAAAUCAAGGAAAUUUAUUGAAUUGCACAAAAAGUGAAACAUCCUUAACGCUGCAGAAUUGUCCAAACCAGCACCACCUUUUAUUAAAAUUUAAGUUAAAAACGUAACAAAAUAAAGUGAUUUGCUGUACU